AUGGAACAUAGUGACGGAGGACCAUUAACAAAUGGUAACUGUGUUCCUUGUGAUGAAAAAAAUUACGCUAUUCAACUGAUCGAUGUUGAAAAACAUUUUGGACAAACAGAAGUUUUAAAAUCAAUUUGUCUCAAUCUUGAACGAGGAGGAAUCUUCGCUCUUCUUGGACCCAGUGGUUGUUCUAAAACAACAUUAAUUCGUGUUAUUGUUGGUCGUUUACAUCCUGACUCGGGAAAUGUCAUUGUUCUUGGGAAACCACCGCAUUGUUACGAUCAUCAUGUACCCGGAAAACUUAUCGGUUAUAUGCCACAAGAAUUAGCGUUAUAUCGUGAAUGUACAAUUACUGAACAAUUAUUUUUCUAUGGACGUUUAGCGGAUAUGAAUAAAACAAAAAUUAAACAACGUAUUAAAUUUUUAACACAUCUGUUAGAUUUACCAUAUCACAAUCAAAUGAUAAUGACAUUAUCAGGCGGACAACAACGACGAAUUUCAUUCGCCGUAGCAUUGAUACAUGAACCAAAAUUAUUGAUAUUAGAUGAACCAACGGUGGGUGUUGAUCCAGUAUUAAGAAAAAAAAUAUGGAAUCAUUUAAUAGAAAUAACAUUAAAAUCAGAUGUCACUGCUCUUUUGACUACACACUAUGUUGAAGAAGCCCGGCAGGCAACUUUGGUUUCAUUCAUGAGAAGAGGACAAUUAUUAGAAACGGGAAAACCAGAUGAAUUGAUGCACAAAUAUGAACAACAGACAUUAGAAGGUGUAUUUUUAGAACUUAGUGAAGAACGUGAUCAUAAUGAUGUUAAUCAGAAUUAUUCUCAUCAAACUAAAAAGGCAUCUGUACCUUUCAUAAGAAGACUUAAACGAUGUUCUGAGUCUUUACUUCGUACGUGUCAUCGAAAAUUAUCAGUCAAAAAUAAAUGUUCGAUAGGUACUCGAACAUGUUGUAAUAGAUCAUUUGCUCGUUCACUUGGAGCAUUAUUAAUUAAAGAUGUAAUUAAAUUUCAACGAAAUCCACUAAUGCUUAUUAUACAAUUUAUUGUACCGGUUAUACAAAUAUCAUUAUUCUGUUUAUCUGUAGGACGAAAAUUAACCGGAUUACCUGUAGCAUUCGUUAGUCGAGAAUUUGAUCAAUUUGGAACAGCAACAGAAACUAUUUUACUUAAAGCCGAUAGAACAGUUUUCAAUAUUAUCGAAUAUGACUCUUUAAUAAAAGCUCAACAAUCUCUUGACCGUGGUCGAGUAUUUGGUGUUAUUGAUAUUGGUGGAAAUUUUACAAAAGAAUUAUUUCAAAAAUCGUCAAAUUGGUAA